AUGAAGCGACCAUUCUUCACCAAUUCACUGGUGAUCAACAACCGCGCCAGGAUCGUCUGGCUGUGGCUGCACGGCAUGUCAGCAAGAGAAAUAUCCUUAGUGACGAGGUUCAGCGUAUCUACGGUGUACAGGGUCUUAGGUUUCAGUGUAAUCCUAGAUGUAGAGGCGCUUUUCUCCCACGACCCUCAACUACCACAGGACAGUCUUUUGCACGACCCCAGUGCAGCCGCUCCCCAACCACCAUCACAACACCAGUCAACUGAGAAUUCUGUACGUCAACACCUGACACCACAAGAUCAAUUCACAAGAGACAACCUCCAGCAGGGGCUGUGGGGAGACUCAAGAACCACCUGCCGGGGACUUAUUCUCGACCUCACCUCCAGCAACAACGCCACUCACCUCGCCCUCAGGUUGGUGGAGAUGUCUGGACUGUGGCGGCUGCCGGAGACGGUGGUGAUAGCCAUAGGUGGGAGGGCGGGGGUGAGGGCCGUGCUCCUCCACCACAGUCUCCGCAACACUGUCCACGCCCUCUACCUCGCCCUCCACCACGACCUCUACCUCGCCCUCAACCACGACCUCUACCUCGCCCUCAACCACGCCUCUCUUCACACCCUUCCACCAAAUCUUCACUCACUCCUUGGGAAGCUGUUUACCCACGAUGGUCAGGUCAAGCAAGUGUCUUAA